AUGCGUAGAUUUGGAAAGCCAUGUAUUGUUUCACAUGAAAUUUCGGCCAGGCCUCACAUAUUACAGCCUUGUAAUUAUAAGAUGGUGCUGAGUUGUAAGGUAAAAAAACCCAUUGAGUUAUUGCACCUUCAAGAGUUAAUACUUUACACUUUUAUGAAAAUUUGCCUUCACGUAAACUUGAUCCAGCAAAACAUCAAUAAGUUGUCAUAUAUUUCUCGAAAAUAUCCAAGGGCACCUGCUUUUAUCAGCUGCGACAAUAGAGCCACGGAGCCAACAAAAAAAGGCUUUUUAGUUUGCCGCAUGUAA